ACGGACUCAACCCAGCUACUCGUCCGUCUAUUUGAUCUCUAGAUGAAAGGAGCGAGUCCCACUGAGCUUCCUCGAAACUUCAUCCAGGUAGACAAUGGAGUAAAUGAUAGCUACGUCUACUUCUUCAGUCGGUCCCAGUGGCCAUUGCAAUGCCUGCAAUGCCCAUGCGUGGUGGGUUUCCAGUUUCGUGCCCACCAAGCAGUCGACGACUUCACUUGCGGUCGCCGCCGCCUCCUUUUGCCUCUCCGCCCUCGCUCGAUCGGCGUUCAGAUCUCUCAUUCCUUUUCUUGCAGAUGUUUCGAGGAUUAGGGUUCCUAGGAUCAAAAGUUCGAUGGCCUUUAACAGGAAGUCACGCGCUAUGAAAGAGGCUCUCCCGUGGCGGCGCGUGCUUCCGCUCCUUCUCUCAAUCCUAGUCGCCGUUAUGUUUCUAAUCUUUGUGCUGAAACAUGGAGCGGUAACUUCAUAUGCUUCCUUUGCAAAAUUGGAAAAGGACGAUGCUUGGGAAACUGACCACCCCGCAGUGAGGCAUCUCAAAUCUGAGCUCAGGUUACCAUAUCAGAAUUCGCUAUCCAUUUCUCUGGAUCAGAGGAACAAAUUGCCCCCUAGGAAUCUGAAUCUCUUUCCUAAGCUGCCCAAAGACCACAUUAAGAUCGUCCUUUAUGUUCAUAACCGCCCCAAAUACCUCAAGGUGGUCGUCCAGAGCCUCGCGGCUGUGGAGGGGAUUGGGGAGACAUUGCUAAUUGUAAGCCACGAUGGAUACUUCCCUGAGAUGGAUAGCAUUGUCCAGAGCAUCCGGUACUGCCAGGUCAAGCAGAUCUUUGCACCAUAUUCUCCACACUUGUUCCGUGAUAGCUUUCCGGGCAUCUCACCAGGUGAUUGCCGCAAUAAGGAGGACCCUGUUAUGAAGAAGUGUAAUGGGACAGCGGACCAAUAUGGCAACCACCGGUCACCCAACAUUGUGUCUUUGAAGCAUCAUUGGUGGUGGAUGAUGAAUACUGUGUGGGAUGGGAUGGAUGAGACCAAGGGAUUCUCUGGUCACCUUCUUUUCAUUGAAGAGGAUCAUUAUAUAUAUCCAAAUGCCUACCGGAACCUCCAACUUCUCAUAGGAUUGAAACCCUCGAAAUGCCCAGAGUGUUAUGCUGCCAACCUGGCGCCAUCAGAUGUGAAUUCUAAAGGAGAAGGCUUGGAUAUGUUGAUUGCUGAGAAGAUGGGCAAUGUAGGGUACGCCUUUAACCGGACAGUUUGGAGGAAGAUCCACUCAAAAGCAAAGGAGUUUUGCUCAUUUGAUGAAUAUAACUGGGACAUAACUAUGUGGGCUACUGUCUAUCCUUCAUUUGGGACCCCUGUUUACACUCUUAGAGGUCCUAGGAGAAGUGCAGCUCAUUUUGGAAAAUGCGGAUUGCAUCAGGGACAAGGGAAGAGCAGUGCAUGCAUUGACAACGGGGAAGCAAGUAUACAGUUUGAUGAAAUUGAUAAAAUUUUGAAUAUAAAGUCCAAUUGGCCAGUGCAUGCUUUCAAGAAGCAGACAGGUUACCAAGCUGGUUUUAAAGGUUGGGGAGGUUGGGGUGAUGAGAGGGACCGAGAACUUUGUCUGAGUUUUUCUUAUAUGUAUCAUCUCGUGCAAACAUCAUGAUAUUUUCUAAGUUGUUAGAGCUGCAUCACGUCGUCUUCCUACUUGUCGGAUUUUUGUACACGGUAUAUGAGGUACAACACACUGUUGUCUGUACCAUUGAAAAUUUUUAAUGCAUAUCUUUAGCUGAAA